AUGCUAGUUACAUCAUCACCUGUGUCCAUUCUAAAAACGCCUAAGAGCACCCCAUCCACGACUGGGAUUAAGCACAGGAUGAUGAUGGGGGACGACUACAGCGAUCUCUCCCUGUCCCCGUCGUCCUCGUCCGACGCGGAAACCAGCCCGAGUCCUCGGAAGCGGACGCGAGUGAAGUUUGAUAAGGAGGUUUUAAUGGUGCCAUAUAAAGAGGAACCUGAGCCGGAACGGAAGCCAGAGAAGAGCGCAGCCGUCGUCCGCGAGGAGGUGCGCAGGGCCAUCCAACGGCAUGUCUCUGGCACUGACAGCGAGGCGUACGACCGCAUCAAGGAGACUUUUGCGGUGGACCCGCGGCGCCGGGAUGAGGACAACAUGUUUGCCUACGAUGUACCUACACAUACGUCCUUGAGACAUCAUCUCCUGGGUCUUUUGUCAAAUGUUGCGUCCUUGGAUCGCAGUUGCAACGGACUGGUCCAAGCUGUGCUGAAUAGUGUAUGGCUGGGCCGGGACGAGUCGUACAUCAAGUUGUAUAUACGCUUUCUCGGUAACCUUGCCGCUGCCCAGGGCAGCUAUCUGGGGGCUGUGCUCAAAAUGCUGGUCAACUUUCUGGGAGAGCUUCCCAAGGACACGGGGAAAAUCCCUGGUUACCCGUCUGUGCAUGUUCCGGUGCUUUACUCCCGCGUGCACUUGGCUUUGCGCCAUGUUAUGCAGUUGAUUCCGUCUGGUAGUGGAACGCUGUCGCCUCUUCUGUCUGCCCAAUUUCCUUUUGCUUCCGAUUCGGCCAAGGCCAACAUUGCGUAUACGCGGAACCUCAUCCGAGUGAUCAGCUAUGCCCCGGAGCUUCAGGGCGAUAUCCUUUCCCUGAUUACGGAAAAGCUUGUCAAGAUUGAUGUUCACAUUCAGGUGGACCUGGAGGACAUCGAGGAUGAAGUCGGUGAGGAUGUCCUGCAGGGAGUCUCUCCGGAAUCAGUCAUGAUCGAGGAAGAUGAUUCGGAAGACGACGAUGACAACGACUCCGUCCUUAGCGACGAUUCGGUAGACGAUGAAUCCAAGCGAAUCAAGGCCAUUCGGGACAACAUCCUCAAGCUGGAUGGCAUGAUCGACACCAUGUUUGAAUACUACGCACCUCCGUUCACGCUAGGCUCCCUGGACGACAAGGAGAAUGCCUUCGAUCUUCUGAUGAGCCAUUUCCAGAACAUUAUUCUCCCCACAUACCGCUCGCGCCACUCCCAAUUCCUCCUCUUCCACUUCUCCCAGUCAUCUCCCAUCCUUGUGGACCGCUUUGCUGCGAUGUGCACCGAACUCAUCUUCAACAAGACGCAGCCAGCCAUUAUGCGUCAAUCAGCUGCUGCUUAUCUCGCCAGCUUCGUUGCUCGCGGAGCUCAUAUCUCUGGCGAGGUUGUCCGGGAUGUGUUCGAUCUGCUGGGAACGUAUCUGAACAGCCUCCGUCUUGAUUAUGAAGCCACCUGCCGGGGCCCCGACCUUCGCCGCUAUGGCCCCUUCUACUCCACGGCUCAGGCCCUGCUCUACAUCUUCUGCUUCCGCUGGCGAGACCUGACCACGGCUGCGCUGGAAGGCGACACUCCUGACCAAGUCGACGAGCUUGAACCGGAGGACAUUAUGUUCCCGCCGUCCGUCAAGGAAGUGCUGCACCAGGCCAUCCACUCCAAGCUGAACCCGCUGAAGGUGUGCUCGCCCGCGAUCGUGUCCCAGUUCGCGCGGAUGUCGCAGCACUUCAACCUGAUGUACGUGUUCAGCAUCCUGGAGACAAACAAGCGACUGCGCGUGUCCUCAUACCGCAGCAUCGGCGCCAUGGCCGAUCCGCGCUUCAGCCAAGUCGAACGGGAGAUUCGCGCCGGCGACGACCUCGGCUACCAACUAGACGCCUACUUCCCCUUUGACCCCUACCAACUCCCGCGCAGCCGACGCUGGGUGGAGAACGACUACGUCCACUGGCGCGGCAUCCCAGGUCUAGAUGAAGACGACGACUCGGACAGCGAAGCGGAUGACAACGAGUCGGAUGAAGACCUCAGCGAUGGGACCGAAACGGAUGACGAACUGUGA